AUGACCACCUCUACAAUUUCCACUUUCCUCCUCUUGGUUCUUCUUUUCCGCUUCACCAAUGCAGCCAUUUUUGACAUCCGAAACAACUGUCCAUACACUGUCUGGGCUGGAGCAGUGCCCGGCGGUGGUCAACAGCUUAAUCCAGGUCAAACCUGGUCUUUAAAUGUGGCAGCAGGCACAUCACAAGCUCGUAUAUGGCCACGUACCAACUGCAACUUUGAUGGGUCGGGUCGAGGUUCGUGUCAGACCGGUGACUGCAACGGCCUCCUUCGGUGCCAAAACUAUGGCACCCCACCUAACUCAUUGGCUGAAUACGCGUUGAAUCAAUAUAUGAAUCUUGAUUUCUUUGAUGUUUCUCUCAUCGAUGGAUUCAACGUGCCAAUUGAAUUUAGCCCUAACUCUGGUGGGUGCACCCGUGGCAUCAAAUGUACUGCGGACAUCAAUGGCCAGUGCCCUAAUGAGUUAAGAGCUCCUGGUGGUUGCAAUAACCCUUGCACUGUGUACAAGACGGAUGAAUAUUGUUGUAACUCAGGGAACUGUGGGCCGACUUAUUUUUCAAGAUUUUUCAAAGAUCGAUGCCCCGAUGCUUAUAGCUACCCCAAGGAUGAUCAAACUAGCACGUUUACAUGCCCUGGUGGAACAAACUAUAGGGUUGUGUUUUGCCCUUCCAACGCUAUUCAAAAUAUAGCUAGUGAUAUAUAA